AUGAAGACGACACUGCUCGCUCUCCUCGCUGCCGUUGCUUCCGUCAUUGGCUCCCCCGUCCCCGAGCCGGAUCCAGAAGCUAAUCCCGUCGACUACGGCAAGUACCCGCCUCCCAAGGGGGGAUACGGCGACUAUCCGCCGCCAAAGGACGGAUACGGGAGCUACCCGCCCCCAGCAGGGUGGUUAUGGCUCCUACCCACCGCCAGCGGGCGGCUACGGCGAUUACCCGCCACCCGAGGGCGGAUACAAGUCAUACAAGGAGUAAUAACGAAGCCGGGCAAGAUGCCGAUGCAAGGAUGGACAAGGGACCGGUGGAUGUACUUGAUGCUGAGAGGAAAUCGAUUCUUCGUCUUGUUCCGUCGUGAGCUUCCUCCCACCUCCUCCCACGAGACUGUCAAGUACGUCCUGAUAAACACGAAGCCAUGA